AUGGCUGCCCCCGCCUCCGAGCCAACCGUCGUCGCCAUCGUACGCUACAAGGACCGCCAGGAACUGUUGCGCUUCCCUGACUCGACUUACGACACCUUCUGCCGUCGUUUGAGCAGCGUCUUCUUCAUCGCGACCCCGUCUAUCCUUUGCGUCGAGCGUUCCAUGCCUUCUCUCGGUUGGGUCUGCGUCGACCCGGCAACCUGGCAGGAACAAGCUGGGGAGAGGUUUGACAACGACUGGCCGUACUACCGAGUCAUCGACGGCGACUGCCCAGAAGCCAAACAACACUGCAGGAAGAUCACGAUCAAGCUCGAAACGCCCGGAGGAGGCAGAACCAGCAUCGACAUCGAGCAUUCUGCAACCGUCUCCCAGCUCCAAGCUGCCGUUGCGACGGCAAUUGGGUUGCCCGUCAGCCAGCAGCGUCUCCUCCUCCACGGCGAAGAGCUCUCGGACGGGAAUGCGCGCUUGUACAAGUCAGAGAUCACGGCGGGCGUGAGGAUGACCGUCGAGCUGUCCAAGCCCGCAGGUGUCCCCGUCAUCCAGAUGUACCCUUCGGCUGCCCUUCGAUCACCUUCCGCCUCGGUGACUCUCACGACAAUGCUGUCUUCGCAGUGGCACUUCUGGCACGACCCCGAAUUCCUGUUCUCGACUCGCUAUCCGCGCGAGAUUGAAUUCAAGGUCGCGACGAGCCUUGACAGCGACACCUCCGCGCGCUGGAUCGUCCCCUCGAGUGCCAUGCGCAGCCAAUGGUCCCACGAAUGCCCAAAGGCGCUUCCUGCGUUCCGAACUCUCAACUCUGUCAACGGCUGCUUCCUGCCUCACGAGGGCCUUUACGAUGCACUCUUUGACCUCUUCUCAGCCCUCGCCCUCCCGCACGAAGCCUCCUGGACUCUCGCGUCGCGCUGCAAGCGCCGAGUCGACGAAGAUCACGCCCUGGCGUUCCGCAUUCUGCCGCAUGAGGAAUACGCCGACUUGUCUUCCCUCGACGUCCAGCCACCUCCCGAUGUCACGACCCGCAUCUUCCUCCUCUACAAGGCGAUGGGCAAGGAUGAAGUGAAGGACUGGACGCACGCAGACAAGAUUGAGUGGGUCGAGGAGCUUGAUGUCGAUGUUGCUGCCGCUCGCGACGAGUCUCUCUUCAGAGUCUUCGAGUGGGGAAGCUUGGAGGUUUCGUAA